GUGUGUGUGUGUGUGUGUGUGGGUGCUAGUGAACUACCCUUCCCCUCAUGCACAAGGUGGCUCCGAUCCCCUCCCUCAGGUGUAACGCCAUCAGCCACGCGGAAGCGGAGAAAAAGUGAGUGCAAAGCGGCAUCGACCGAUCCCGAUUUAGUGGCACCAUGAAGCAGGACCUCGCGGUGGGCAUGUUCGUGGAGGACGACCGGGAUGUGUACAUGAUCGAGCGGAAGGACACGAUCGCGGACAUCAUCCGGAUGCAGCAGCAGGCCGCCCUCUGGCAGACGCUGGCCGUCGAUCUCGUCGAUUGCGGUCCCGGCAGCCGGGAGGGCGAUAACUACAUGUCGGUUAUCAAGCGCGUGGUGGCGCACUGUAAGGCGAAAUCCUUCGACGGCCGUAACCACGUGUUCACGAUUUCGCUGAUCUUCAAGCGGCAACUGACGAACCCAAACCGCCGGAGGUUGUUCCGGUGUGAUGCGGCAUUCGAGAAUGAGAUUACGGCGUACGCAAGCAUCGUUCCGGUGAUGCAGCGGAUAUCACCGUACGAUCUGCCGUAUCCCAAGUGUCUGACAGCGGGCAGCGAUGACCACGGGGACCGGAUCGUGCUGGAGGACCUCACGACCAGUGGGUACGGUAUGGUUGACCGGCGAGUUGGUCUCACCUACGAGCAGUGUUGCGCCGUCAUGAAGGAGCUGGCCAAAUUGCACGCGGUCUCGCUGGCCCUCAAGCGCACGGAUCCGGCCGAGUUCGAGGGCGUGUGCGGGAAGGUGCGCGAGAUCGUGUACUGCGCGGAGGCGGCCGAGUUCUACACGCAUUCGCUCGAGUCAUCGCUCCGGGGCGCCCUGGACAGUCUGCGGUACAGCAACCGGGCCGGUACGGAGCUGGACGCACCGAUUGCGGCCCUCGAAGGGCUGACCGGGCGGCUGUACCGCAUCAUGUCCGGGUUGGUGUGUGAUGGCGUGGACGAGGCGUGGCGCGUCAUCUGCCACGGUGACACGUGGGUGAACAAUCUGAUGUUCAGCAGCGACCACCGGCACGUCCGGUUGCUGGAUCUGCAAACCAUGCGAUGCACCACGCCCGUUUUCGACAUCCUGCAUCUGCUGUACACGAGCACGGAGCUUGAGAUGCGUCGGCAGCACACGGCCGACCUGCUGCAGCAGUACCGGCACACGCUACUUGAGGCGCUGGACGAACACUUCCGGUCCUGUGCGGAUGCCGGAUCGGCGGCGGGCAUGUUGCGCCGUGCUGAGGAAGAGUUUUCCCUGGUGCGGUUGCGCGCGGAGUACGAGCGAUGUCUGGCGUAUGGGCUCGGGAUUGCGAUGUGGUUGCUGCCGGCCGUCACCUUCAAUCCGGACCAGAUACCCGACCUGGAUGCGGUCACGCUGAACGACUUCAAGACGCAGAGCCAGGAGAAGAAGAUCGCCCAGAUGGUGUCGGGGGAUUAUCACACGCGCAUGCGUGACAUUGCGCUGGAAAUGCACGAGCUUGGUGUACUGCAACGGCUCGCUGAUCCGUGCCACUAGGACGCCACGGAACGUCGUCACCCCCGGGAUUGGGUUCAAGGACUCGCUCAGCCCAACCCAAGCUGUACAGUAGUAGGUGUAGGUGUUAUUGCGUUAAUGCGCAUUGGCGCACGUUAAACCCGUUCGUCCGAGAGAGCGAGAGAGAGAGAGAGAGAUGGCGCGCGCGGUGGAGGCCAUAAUGCAUCCGCUUUACGACGAACCGGCACCGUGGCCGCGCGUAUGUGCUCGGACUGCGUAAUGGCGUGGCGAUUGCGCAACCGAUCGACGGUGAUCGUUCAUGUUACCAUUUUAACCUGUUGAAUGCGAUAAGCCGGUACCGGCCAGAUGAGGAUCUGUUUUUGUUCAACUAAAUAAACAUCUGUCCGGGGGCCCGGGAUUGGAGCCUCGAUUCGA